AUGGCAGCAAUCCGGUCCAGCGGUUCACUUGUAGCAACCCAUGACUACUACCAAAGGCGUCUGGGUUCCACUUCCAGCAACAGCUCCUGUGGAAAUGCUGAAUACUCUGGGGAAGUGAUCCCCCACCAUCCUGGUCUUCCCAAAUCAGACCCAGGCCCCUGGUGGGCAAGCUUCUUCUUCGGGAAGUCAAGUCAUUCAUUCAUGACAACUAUAUUGGAAUCCCCAGAGAACUCAGGAACUUUCCAGGUUGCUCAUGGCGCGAUCACCUGCGACGUGGUUCAGGAAGCCACAAGGAAGCGGCAAGUCAGUGAGCUCAGCAAAACCACCACUGGGCCUUCCACAUGA